GUCAAAGAGUGAAAGGGAAGAGGGCGAAAGUGCCACUGGAGAUAAUUGAUUACCUACCAAUCAAUGAGAACUUGUUAGUAAUCGUCAACUCUUUGGACCUCGCCAUUUUCAGGGAGGCAUCUCACUCCUGCGGACCCGCUGCUCCCAAGGAUCCACACUUUCAAGGCAUCCAAUUUUGGAAUAAGAUUUUCUUUUCUUCACCUUCUCCUCUCUGUCUUUGUUUUUUUUUAACCUCCUAACUGUUAUGUGACUUUUAUCACCCCUCGAUAGCCUCGUUUGUUGUUAUCAGCUAAAUAUUUCAACUAAAGUCCCUCAAACUCCGCGCACAACCAAUGAUGACAUCCAAAGAAGUGGCCAAAUGCGAUGCAGUGGAGACCAGGCGGCGAAGUCCGCUGGACCACUUGCCGCCUCCUGCCAACUCCAACAAGCCGCUUACCCCCUUCAGCAUCGAGGACAUCCUGAACAAACCCUCUGUGAAACGAAGUUACACAAUCUGCGGCACGGCACACCUCAUCUCGUCCUCUGAGAAGCACCGCUCGUCCAGCAUCCCUCUGUCCAGCCGGGCUCUGCUCACCCAGACCUCCCCGCUCUGCGCGCUGGAGGAGCUGGCCAGCAAGACAUUUAAGGGGCUUGAAGUCAGCGUGUUACAGGCUGCAGAAGGCCGGGAUGGGAUGACUCUGUUCGGUCAGAGAAGCACCCCGAAGAAGCGCAGGAAGUCUCGGACGGCCUUCACUAAUCACCAGAUCUACGAGCUGGAGAAGCGCUUUCUGUACCAGAAGUACCUGUCCCCGGCGGACCGGGACCAGAUCGCGCAGCAGCUCGGCCUGACGAACGCGCAGGUUAUCACGUGGUUUCAGAACCGGAGGGCCAAGCUAAAACGGGACCUGGAGGAGAUGAAGGCCGACGUGGAGUCUGCUAAGGCCGUUGGCCAGGUCCCCUUGGAAAAGCUCGCCAAGCUGGCGGACUUGGAGAAAUGCGCCAACGGCACACUAGGCCACCCGCGAGGAGAGUCCCCCGCGCGGGGCGGCCAGCAGGAGCACGAGCUCGCUCAGAAACUGCGCUCGUCGCCGCUGUCGCCGUUCUCAGACCACACAACGAGUAAAGAGUGCUCGGAGGACGAGGACGUGGAGAUUGAUGUGGAUGACUGAUGGCGCAGCGUGGAACUGAAGGACGAGAGACACAAACAGACGAUUUUAAAACCCUCGCGAGGACUUGUAACUUACUGCUUAUAUUGUAUACCAUAUCUGAGAACAUGUACCAAAAUGUAAUGACUUUUAUAUCGGCGCAGAUAGAACUAUUCAUAGUGACGCAUGAAGACAGAAGCAGAAAUAUGCAGUGAGAUUUUAUUCGUUAGCAAACUCUUACUUCUUGCAAUCAAAGCAAUACGGUCUAAUAUGACAUGAGUAACUUAUUAUUUUUUUACACUGUACCCCCCCACCCCCCA